GCUACGUGAAGGCAACAUCAACGUACGGUGCAGAGUUUUCGUCUGUUAAGAUUUUUUGGACUGCGCAGUAGUGUGUCAAAAACUGAUAUAAACCCUGACAUAUUUACUUCAGAAAACUAUAAUAGCUAACUAGUUAGCUAGCUAUGUAUUUUCGUCAGGUUUUGCGGACCCACUUCAUCGGGACCAGAACGGCUCAGCUCAACCGUUGGCACCGUGUUAGUCGAGCCGAGCAGCAGUUAGCAGUCGUGUGUCUCACUGACCCACAGAGGCCACUGUGCACCAAAAGUGACGAGGUUAGGCUGGCAGAGGAGGCCAGCAAGAAGUACGGCACCCCAGCUCCAACCAUCUUCUCCAAAGUGAUUGACAAAAGUAUCCCUGCAGAUAUCAUAUAUGAAGAUGAGAAGUGUUUGGCAUUCAGGGAUAUCAGCCCACAGGCUCCCAUCCACUUCCUGGUUAUUCCAAGGGUCCCAAUUCCCAGAAUAAGUGAGGCCAAAGAUGAUGAUGCUGAGCUCUUAGGACAUUUAUUGGUUGUUGCCAAAAAUGUGGCAAAGCAAGAAUCUCUAAAUGAAGGAUACAGAGUGGUGAUCAACGAUGGAAAGCACGGUGCUCAGUCAGUUUACCACCUUCACAUCCACGUCCUGGGAGGAAGACAGAUGACGUGGCCACCAGGAUAAUGGUUUCAUGUGUAUGUUACUGUGUCUGUUAGUCUUUUCUGUCUCUCUGGCUUUUCGGGCUACAUUAAUGUUUAAUCUCAUGAGCAUGACCUGAUACAUGAUUGGUGUAGUUGACUAAGUUCAUCUCAUUUUCCAUACAAGAACUCACUUCACCUCGCAAAAUAUGACAUGUAAAUAUGAAAUAUGAUCUUGACAAAUGUAAAAAUGAAGAGUAAAGACAUUAUGUUUGAUACGGCUGCAAAUAAAGACAUUAUUUGUAAUAUGGAAAGCUCAAAA